AUGAAGAAUCAAAAGAAGGGCGGCGGCUCUUCAUCACGCAUUCAAGAUGCCCGGUUUGCCAAUUUCGAAACCGAUCCUCGGUUUCGUCUCCCCUCCAGGAAGCACACAAAAACCAAGCUUGAUGAGCGUUUCGCCGGCAUGUUGGAUGAUGAAGACUUUACAGCAGCCGCCAAAGUGGAUCGUUAUGGACGCAAGAUCAAAUCCGACUCCAAGAAGAAGGCUCUUCAGAGGCUAUAUGAGCAAGAGAACGAUGACGACAAAGACAACGAUGACGACAAAGACGACGACGACAAAGAUGACGAGGAGGCGGACAGAACCAGCCGUGGCAAGGAGUCCCCAAGUGCAGAGUUUGAAGUCGAUGACGACGCAGCCGUUCAAAGACAACUACGCGCGGCGCACGAAAGAGAAAGGCAAAAAGAAUACGACCCCGCUCGCCACGGAGGCUUCUCCUCGUCAGAAUCCGACUCUGACUCUGACGAGGAUUCGGACCAAGACGAGGAUGGCGGGGUGGAUCUGGCCGCCCAAGGCGACAUGCAGCGGUUGCAAGACGAGCAGGCCGAUGUUGAGGCAGGCGAGGUCACCAACAGAAUUGCCAUUGUCAACUUGGAUUGGGAUCAUGUCAAGUCGACCGAUCUCAUGGCGCUCUUCUCAAGCUUCCUGCCGGACAACGGCAGGGGCAACAUUCUCAAAAUCUCCAUCUACCCUAGCGAAUUCGGCAAAGAGAGAAUGCAGCAAGAAGAAGUAGAAGGUCCUCCGAAAGCUCUGUUCAAGGACGAAAGAGGCUCAGACGACGACAGCGACGACGGGAGUGGCAGUGAGGAUGAGAGAAUCAAAAAGGACCUGAUACAGGAAGGCAAUGACCAGGACUUUGACAGCAACGCGCUGAGGGCGUACCAACUGGACCGCCUGCGAUACUACUACGCUGUAAUGGUGUGCUCAAGCCCUGAAACGGCCCAGGCCAUCUACGAGGCCACCGACGGGACCGAGUACCAAUCCUCGUCCAACGUCAUUGACCUGAGAUUUGUUCCCGACGAUGUCGCGUUCGAUGACGAGCCACGCGAUGAGUGCGACAAGGUUCCCGACACCUACAAGCCCGUUGAAUUCGUGACGAAUGCCCUGCAGAGCUCAAAGGUCAAGCUGACUUGGGACAUGCACCCGGAAGAAGCGUCACGCAAACAGUCGAUCAACAGGGCCUUUACUGGAAGCAGGGCGGACCUGGAGGAAAACGACCUGCGUGCGUACCUUGCCAGCGACAGCGAGGGUUCCGACGGGGAGGACGAGGCAGAGGAAGCUCACGGCGAAGACGAGGCCGCAGCAGGUGCUGAGCCCAAGCUUUCCAAGAAGGAGCUUGCCCGCCGGAAGAUGAGAGAAGCUCUUGGACUAGCAAGCGAGCCUGCACCCAAGAGGGCGAAAGACGGCCCCGUGGGCGACAUGGAGAUCACAUUUGCUCCAGCGCUGUCCGAGUCGAAACCUAAAGGCGGCGCUGAAGAGGAAACGACGAUUGAAAAGUACAAACGCAAGGAAAGGGAGAGAAAGGACCGGAAGAGACAAGCAGCCAAGGCAAAACGUGGAGCAGGCGGGGAUGAUGUAAACAAGUGCGAGGAGCACGUCACUUUGAGAGCUACGGGUGACGAAGAUCUUGGUUUUGAUGACCCAUUCUUCACAACGGAAGCCCCUGCCGCGCAAUCCAAGUCAUCCACCCGCAAGGAAGAGCGCCUCAAGAAGCGACAGGCGCGAGAAGCGGCCGAAGCAGAGUCGGCCGCUGAAAAGGCUCGCCUCAGAAAAGUGAUGAGUGAGAAUGCCGGGGAGGAUCAAGCCGAGCAUCUGGACCACUUUGACAUGAAUGAAAUCAUUCGUGAGGAAAAGAAAAAGACGAAGAAGGGCGGCAAGAACAAGAAGAAGAGCAAGGGUGGAGACGACGAGGACAGAGGGGGGCUACAGCAAGAUUUUGCCAUGGACCUGGGCGACGACCGGUUCCAGGCCGUGUUUGACAGCCAUGAGUUUGCCAUAGAUCCUUCGAAUCCCAAGUUCAAGGGCACAGGCGGUAUGAAGCAGCUGUUGGAAGAGGGGAGGAGGAAGCGAAGGGGCGAUGGGGGCGACGAGCCGAGGAAGAAGGCAAAAAAGAUGAAGAGAUGA